AUGGACCUCAACGGCACCCCGUCUCUCAAAUCCAAACGCAAACACAGCGACUCCAGCCCGCUCUCCCUGCCCUCUGCCAAACACCGCCGCGCAGAUAACACCUCCUCCUCCGCAUCCAUGUCUCCCGCUGCCGCGGCUGCGGCCGUCGACGAAGCCGCCGUCAUGCAGAUGCUGCCCGUGGGCAGCAAUGCCGACUCGGCGGAGUGGCAGGAGACCAUCGAGAUGGUGGUGAAGAGCGUGGUGUCGAUCCAUUUCUGCCAGACCGCGUCGUUUGACACCGACUUGUCCAUGUCCAGCCAGGCCACGGGCUUUGUGGUCGAUGCCGAGCGUGGGUAUAUCCUGACCAAUCGCCAUGUUGUGUGCGCCGGCCCCUUUUGGGGGUAUUGUAUUUUUGAUAAUCAUGAAGAGUGUGACGUUACGCCUAUCUAUCGAGAUCCAGUCCAUGACUUCGGCAUCCUCAGAUUCGACCCCAAAGCAAUCAAGUACAUGCCUCUCACAGAACUCAAACUGCAGCCAGAAUCUGCCCGCGUUGGCGUGGAAAUUAGGGUUGUUGGCAACGACGCCGGUGAAAAGCUUAGCAUCCUCUCCGGCGUCAUCAGCCGUCUGGACCGCAACGCCCCCGAGUACGGCGAAGGCUACAGCGACUUCAACACAAAUUACAUCCAGGCCGCCGCCGCCGCCAGCGGAGGCAGUUCCGGCAGCCCCGUCGUGAAUAUUGACGGCCACGCCAUCGCGCUGCAAGCCGGCGGUCGUGCUGACGGCGCCGCCACCGACUACUUCCUCCCGCUCGACCGUCCGCUCCGCGCGCUGCAAUGCAUCCAGAAAGGAGAAGCGGUCAGCCGCGGAACCAUCCAGACCCAGUGGAUCCUCAAGCCCUUCGACGAGUGUCGCCGCCUGGGCCUGACGCCGGAAUGGGAGACCAAAGUCCGCCAGGCCGCCCCCAAAGAGACGGGCAUGCUUGUCGCCGAGAUCGUUCUCCCAGAAGGCCCCGCCGACGGCAAGUUGAAAGAAGGCGACGUGUUGCUGAAAGUCAACGGCGAGCUGCUCACGCAGUUCAUUCGGUUGGAUGACAUUCUCGACUCGAGCGUUGGGGGCGACGUCCAGCUCCUCCUUCAGCGAGGUGGCGAGGAUCUCGAGGUCACUUGCAAAGUUCAGGACCUGCAUGAUAUCACUCCAUCUCGAUACGUGACCGUGGCAGGCGCGACGUUUCACGAUUUGUCGUACCAACAAGCAAGACUCUACGCUAUUGCUUGUAAAGGGGUGUAUGUCUGCGAGGCCGCAGGUUCUUUCAAAUUGGAAAAUACAUUUUCGGGGUGGAUUGUCGAUUCCGUUGAUAAGAGGCCAACCAAAGAUCUAGAUGAAUUUAUCGAAGUUAUGAAGACUAUCCCAGAUCGCGCUAGAGUCGUUCUAUCAUAUAGACACAUUCGAGACCUGCAUACGCGCGGCACGCACAUCAUCCACAUUGACCGCCAUUGGCACCCGCACAUGGAACUCGCGCAAAGAAACGACGAAACCGGCCUGUGGGACUUCACACGUCUUGCCGAGCCAAUCCCCGCGGAGCCCCCGGUUCCGCGCAAGGCGGAUUUCAUCCAGCUGGACGGCGUGAGCCAUCCUGCCGCGGCGGAUAUCGUGCGAAGCUUCGUUCGCGUUUCGUGUACGAUCCCCGUGAAGCUGGAUGGCUUUCCGCAGGCCCGAAAGACCGGGUUUGGUUUGGUGGUCGAUGCGGAGAAGGGCCUUGUUGUGAUAUCCAGAGCUAUUGUCCCCUUCGAUCUGUGCGAUAUCAACGUUACCGUUGCCGAUUCGGUGAUCGUGAGCGCGAAAGUUGUCUUUUUGCAUCCCCUCCAGAACUACACGAUCAUCCAGUACGAUCCUAGUCUCGUCCAGGCGCCGAUCAAAUCGGCUCGCUUAACUUCUGAGUAUAUGAAGCAAGGUGUGGACACCUUGUUUGUUGGCUUCAAUCAGAAUCUGCGAAUUGUCGUUGCGAAAACGGCUGUGACGGAUAUUACGACUGUUGCCAUUCCGCCCAACGCGUCUGCCCCUAGGUACCGUGCAAUAAACCUGGAUGCCAUUACCGUCGACACGGGACUCAGCAGCCAGUGUACCAGUGGUGUCCUGCUCGGAGACGAUGGUGUUGUUCAAGCCCUGUGGCUGAAUUACCUGGGCGAGCGCACACAAUCGUCGCAUAAAGACGUGGAAUAUCACCUCGGCCUUGCCACGCCGUCUCUCAUACCCGUCAUCUCUCAAAUCCAAAACGGGACGAUCCCCCGCCUACGCAUCUUGGACAUGGAAACAUACGUUAUCCAGAUGAGCCAGGCGCGGGUCAUGGGCGUCUCCGAAGAAUGGAUCAACAAAGUCGCCGAAGCCAAUUCCGCGCGGCACGAGCUGUUCAUGGUGCGCAAGGUCGACUGCUCGUCGCCGCUGAGCACCGAUCGCCGGCCCUUGCAGGAAGGCGACGUCAUCCUGACCCUCAACGACAAGCUGAUCACGCGCGUGUCGGAGUUCGAUGUGAUGUACGGCCAGGAGACGCUCGACGCCCUGAUUGUGCGCAACGGCGAGGAGAAGCGCAUCCAGAUCCAGACCGUGCCCACGGAGGACCUGGAGACGGAUCGCGCCCUGGGAUUCUGCGGCGCCGUGCUGCAGAAACCGCAUCAUGCGGUUCGGCAGCAGAUUAGCAAACUCCACAGCGAAGUCUAUGUAAGCGCCAGGUCCCGCGGCUCCCCCGCCUACCAAUACGGCCUGUCCCCGACCAACUUCAUCACCGCCGUCAACGGCGUCAAAACCCCCGAUCUCGACUCCUUCAUCCGUGAAGUCAGCACCAUCCCCAACAACACGUAUUUCCGCCUUCGAGCCGUGACGUUCGACAACGUGCCGUGGGUGGUCACCAUGAAGAAAAACGACCACUACUUCCCCAUGUCCGAAUACGUCAAGGACGCCUCGGCUCCGCUGGGCUGGCGCACCAUCCGCUACGACGGCAAGCGUCGCGGCACCGGCGAUCUCUCCAAUUUCAACGCCGAUGCCAUGGAUGAAGGUCGAGACGAUGGCCCCAGUGACGCCGAGCCGGACGAGUGUUGCCACGCGCGCAACUAG